GUCUGCAUGCCCAUGUCCCGCAGAAUCAGAAACGCGACAGAAGCUGAUAAGACGCGUUUGUUUGAUCAGCUCCCCGUUUGAAGGCACCCGUGGGAUGAAACUAUUUUAUCAGCACUUUUUUUGAAGUCGGAGACGUAUAAGGAGAUAACCUGUGCGAUAAAACGCGAUAUUCGUCUGCCGAAAUUCAGGAGUUUGUUCUUCUUGGAUCAGCCCGUUUCAUGCGACUAGACAUCCUCCAUCUGUCCCAUCUGCACGACAGCUCCGGGACGGCGGUGGACAUCACUGGACGUUUACGGAUAAAGACUGGACGACACGCUGUGAUUUGAAUGCCUUUGCCGGGACUUUGCUGGCUUGUGUGCUGCAGACAAGGCUUCAGUUUGCUGGCUCGGGAUCAUGGGGAGAAAGAAGAGGAAGAGUCUUUCGAGUUACGCAAUCAGGACGAGCACACACACACGGGACGGGGGCAACUAGAGGUCACUCUGUCUCAGCCCACUCGAUCAGCCAACGGCACUCCCUGUCUGUCGGGAGUUCCUGAGGAGAAAAGAAGUCUGAUCACACAGAAGACUAAGAUGACGAUGGAUGAAGACCCUGAGGUGGUCGUAAAGGGCUGGCUCCUGCGAGAGGUGCAGGGCGGUUGGCUCCGGCAGAGGAGGUUCUGGUUUGUGUUAACGUCCGACUCUCUCGACUACUACAGCGGCCCGGACAGAGAUGCGCGGAGACUGGGAACGCUUGUACUCACAUCCCUCUGUUCAGUGCUGUGGCCCGAUAAACACACUUAUAAACAGACAGGUUACUGGAGUCUGACAGUAUAUGGCCGCAAGCACUGCUACAGAUUAUUCACAAAGCACUACAAUGAGGCGGUGCACUGGGCGUGUGCCGUGCAGAAAGUCAUCGACAGCAAAGCGCCGGUGGAGACGCCAACACAACUCCUCAUACGUGACAUUGAGGAGAAUAAAUUCAAUCCAGAGGUUGUGGAGCACAUUUAUCAACAUAAUCCCAUCCUGAGGUACACGCAGAGCCCACUGUACGCCCCACUGCUGCCUUUCCCAUACGGCAGCCUGCAUCACACACACAUGGCCAGCAAAGGCUACACAUCGAUCCGUGAGGAGGCGGUGAGGCUGUUUAACUGUCUCCAGCAGCUGGAAUCAGCCCGUGAGCCCAUUCCUCUCAUCCAAGGGAUCCUGCAAACCUGCCUGGACCUCCGGCCGCUCCGAGACGAGCUCUACUGUCAGCUCAUCAAGCAGACCAGCACCACCAGCUCACAGGUGCAGUCGCAAACAAACCCCAACCCACAGCUCAGAUACUGGCAGCUGCUCACCUGCAUGAGCUGUACCUUCCUGCCCAGCUGCGGUGUCCUUAGAUACCUGCGCUUCCACCUCAAGAGGGUUCAGAGUUUGAGUGUGGACCCAGAAGUGGAGAGCUAUGCGUCCUUCAUUGGCCAGGCAUUGGAGAAGACGCGCGGUCGAGAGUGUGUGCCCUCGUGGGAGGAGAUCCAGGGGCUGAUGGGAAGGCAGGAGAUACUGUGUACUGUGCACUACCCUGGACCAGGCUGCUGCCAGAUACCCAUCACCUCACACACCACAGCUAAUGAGGUGGUGAGGAAGAUGGCGGAGCGCCUCGGGCUGCAGGACAGCCGAAACACGUUUGGUCUUUUUGAGCAGAACGCAUGCUGGGAAAAAGCUAUAGGAGGCAGCACAAUAAUCGCUGAUGUCAUCACCAGAUUUGAAAAUUUGUCAGCUAAAGAUCCAGACUCUGACUGCCAGUGCAAACUCUGCUUUAAACUCUACUGUCUGCUGGACACAGAAAACAUCAGUACAGACAGCAUUGAGUACCUCUUCCUCUAUGAGCAGUGUCAUGAGAUGGUGGUGCGAGGGCAGCUGCCAGCUUGUGAGGAGGAUCUUUUUUCACUUGCGGCGCUGAGGCUGCAGUAUCUGCUGGGGGAUUUCAGCGCCCUCUCUCCGUACCCGGCGCUGGAGCAGCUCUUUCCAGCAGAGGUGGUGGAGGCCCGGGCCCUGUUGGCCCCCGUCGAUCCCCCCGGCUGCCCGUCCUUCCCUGGGGGUCUGCUGGCUGGUACGCUGUGGGGGCACAAGCGGCGACAGGAACAGGACCAAAGGCUGCGGGCCAGGCUGAGGGAGGAGGGGGCUGUGGUGAUGUCCACUAUUCUGGAGCGCUGGAAAGCCCUGGUGGGAUACAGUGGCAGGGACAGCAUGGCUGCCUAUCUCACCAUUGCCCGGCAGUGGUCAGGAUUCGGCUGCACACUUUAUGAAGUGGACUUUUAUAUAAGCUCAACAGGAAGCUUCUCUCAGAAGCUGUGGCUGGGUGUAGCGGCGUCCUGCGUGACUCUGUAUCGUCAGGGGGAGGCUGAAGCGCUGGAGUCAUUGCCCAUCGCUCAGAUAUGCUCAUAUGGAGUGUCUGAUAGCAACACGUUCAGGAUCACUGCAGGAGAUCGAGACCUGCUCUUUGAGACCACCAAGCUGACUGAGAUCAUGCAGUUGAUGAAUGCUUACUUCAGUGCCACUCGUCGCCAGCUAGGCAAAGAUGACUGCAUCUCCCUCGAAACGAACCCCAAACUCCACCCGUCCCUAUUUGAGCUGCCCUCUCACCCGGUGUGAAGAGUGAACGACACACGCACACACAUGCACACGCACACAUAUAUGCAGUCCUGGCUGCUUGCGUCCCUGUAAUGAGCUUCGCUAUGAGAAUGAACUCAGAUGAGACUGAAAGGAGCAGAUGCUGUGGAAAUGGAGGGAGUCAGGAGAGCCACAAACAGGAGACCAGCUUCAGGAACUCAGUUGCUACGCCGCCAACAAAAUCCCAAAAAGGACACAGGGGGCCUCAGCAGGCCCCUGCCAUCUGGGAGCCCGCCAAAUGUCACCAAGAGGAAUAUAAGAGUGAGUUCGGAGUUGAAAGGUGCAAAAAAAAUCCAUUUUUGUUUAAAGGUAUGGCUCACUCAAGAAUGAACAUGCUGUCAUUGUUUGCUCACCAUACAUUUUUUGGCAGAUCUGUGUGAAUUUUGGAUUUCUGCUGUAUGCUGAAGAAGAUAUUUUGAAGAAUGUUUUGCAAAGGGAAUUCUUUUAUAAUUUGGACCCUUAAGUAGUUCCAAACUUGUUCUGACUUCUUUUGUAGAAAAUAAAAUAAGUCUUUUAUCCAUUCAAUUAAAGCAGGGGUGUCCAAACUCGCUCCUGGAGGGCCGGUGUCCUGUAGAUUUUAGCUCCAACUUGCCUCAACACACCUGCAAGGAUGUUUCUAGAAAUCCUAAUAAGAGCUUGAUUAGCUAGCCCAGGUGUGUCUGAUUGGGGUUGGAACUAAACUUUGCAGGACACAGACCCUCCAGGACCAAGUUUGGGCUCCCCUGAAUUAAAGUUAAUGGGGUCCAAACUGUUUUUUGGACCCCAUUGACUUCCAUUGAAGGGGAAAAAAAAAAAUUUGGUAUAUUUUUUUAUUUUUAUUGGCAAGAUGAAAAGGUCAUUUAGGUUUGGUGUCUUGACAAUAACAACAAGACACUGACUUGGUACCAAAAUUCAUUGGAAUAUCUUCUAUCAUCUUCUUCAGAAAAGUUCAUACAGUUUUAAGUUAAACAAUUCAGAAUUUCACGUUUGGGUGAACUAUUUAACCUGUAUUUUUGAAACAUUUAUUUUAACUUUUCCAAGGAAUGUACCUUGAAUUGAAGGAAUAGUUCACCCAAAACGAAAUUCACUUGCUGUUUCAUGUGAUCUGAAACCUGUUUGAGUUUCCAUUUUGUGUUGAACACAAAGGAAAAUAUUCGGAAACUAUUAACUUCCACAGUAGGCAAAAAGAAAAAUACUAUGAAAGUCAGUGGCUACCGAUUUCCAACAUUAUUCAAAGUAUCUUCUUUUGUGUUUGACACAUGAAAGAAACUCAAACAAGUUAAGGGGGAGUAAAUAAUGACAGGAUUUGAUUUUUUGGGAUGAACUGUGCCUUUAGUACUUUUUUCUUACCUUCAUUGAGUGUAAAUGUAUGCCUUUUUAAAAAAAAAAAAGAUGUUUAUAUGUUUUGGAAAACAAGACAGAGUUUUAUAUUUAGGCGGCACAAACCAUCUUUCAUUGUGCACGCUCAUACACACUCACCUUGCUUAAUCGUCCUUCUCAACCUCCUGUCCGGCUCGCCAUAAAACCCAUUCAUCAAUCUGUACAUGACCUUCAAACUAAAACAGGUGCAAAUCAUGACGUCCUUGAGAACUGGCCAAUACCGAACUGAUGGUGGCAUGUGUGUGUGUGUGUGUGUGUGUGUGUGUGUGUGUGUGGUCGCGAGACUUUUUAAGCUGUAGAAACCAAAGGAUCUUUAGCUCGUCUGUAUGAUGCGAGUGUAUUUGUGAAAUGCUUUGAGCCCGACCUGGUGCUGCUUGACUGCUGUUAGCUUACAGUUCCUCUGAAUUGCGCGUCCUGUAGCCUCAGAUCUUUAGAUCCGGUUAAAACCAACUAACUUAGACGCCAUAUUGCAGCCUGGUACCUGUGAAGGUAUAAAACAUUUUCCAAAAAAAAAAAAGAAGACAAUUUUGGUUAAACUAAGCCUCUUGAACACAUUUUUUAAACACUGAAGAUAGACAAAUAAUCAACCCUAUUGAUAUGCAAAGUUGCUACGCCAGCUUCUAAAGAUUACAUUUCCAUUAAAGGGACAGUUCAUGCAAGAAAUAACAAUAUUGUCAUCAUUUACCUGUAAGUUGUUUUUCUCUCCACAUAAUGAAUGUCAAUGGGGUCCUAACAAAGUUUUGUUUGGACCACAUUGACUUGCAUUGAAUGGACAAAAUGCCUUCUUUUAUAUUCUACAUAUGAAAAUCCAUCAUACUGGUUUGGAAAGGCACACAGAUGAGGAAAUGAUGUCAGAAUUGUCAUUUAUUUGUAGGGUGAAUGAUCCCUUUAAGCCUAACCCGUAGCCUCCGUCUGCUUUUGUUAUAAAGCUUUCACGACUAACGGCUCAUUGUCUUUUUAUCUGCUGAGAGUUCAUAUUGUCCUCCUUUAACGUGUUACUCCUGUUCGUUUAUUUAUGGCUGUCCGUUGUAAACAUUAUGUGUAAGUGAAGUUUUUUUAUUGUCCUUUUUACGUUCGUUUUAUAUAUCUUUCAUAAAGACCUGUAUUUGUAUUUUAGUGCUUGCAUCGAAAGAGCUGAUGACGACAGUUCAAAUAUGCUUAUUUACGGUUUUCGUUUAUUUCCCCACAUCACAAAAGCUCCACAACGGGUUUCUUUUGUAGAUUACUGCGAAGUUUGUCAACCCAAAAAAGUCAUUCGUCCCUUUUAAAGUCACAUGGACCAAAUAUUUAGGGGUUGGCGUCCCUUGUUCGCCCCUUCGAAUGACUGCCAAACUGUCACUGAAGCAAUAAAACCUGCCCAGAUUGGUCCUCUAUGGGGCAUCAGGUUGCCUUCAGAGGAGCCACUAGUGCCUGUCAAACAAACUGUACAAUCUUUAACUCCCUCAUAAUCAGGCUCAUUGUAUUCAGAGUAUUUUAAUCUCACCGCAAUCUUUAUUCUACCGCAGCUUGUCUGCCUGAAUACAAAUCUGACCUGCUACUUGAAGUCAAAAGGUGGAGGGCAAUCACUUCUUCAUCAGUGUGGUUUCUUUUUGUGUUUCCGCUAUUGCCCCUGUGACGGCAGUAGUGCUCUUUUGUUGUUGUUUUUUGCGUCACUCUUUAGCUGCAGGCAGCUCCGCUCACUGUCAUACAUGUAACUCCAACGACAACCUAUGAUGCUUUAUAGACCGUUCGUAUGCUGCAUGGUACCUUUAUUAUGUUACACACGUAAUAGUCAAUUGCACUAUUGUUUGUACAGCUAACUUAAAUGUGCAAUAAUGCAAAAGGAUGAAUACUGUAUGUAAUAAAAAGCAGCACCAUUGCAAUAUCA